UUCCAGACUACUGAUGAGCCCACCAAAGAAUUUCAGAAAUUGAAAAGGGAUAAGAGGAAGGAGAAAAUGCUGGGCUGGUGUGAAGCGAUAGCCCGUAACCCUCACAGAAUUCCAAACAACACGCGAACACCCGAGAUCUCAGGGGAUUUGGCUGACGCCUCACAAACCUCCACAUUGAAUGAAAAAUCCCCAGGGCGAUCUGCAAGUCGAUCAAGUAACAUUUCAAAAGCAAGCAGCCCAACAACAGGGACAGCUCCCAGGAGCCAGUCAAGGUUGUCUGUCUGUCCAUCCACUCAGGACAUCUGCAGAUCUGCCAUCUUGCAUGACAUGUCAGAAGAGUCAUUUGAGUAUUGCACCCCUGUCAUGGUGCUGAGCCCUGCUAGGAAGGAGUCUGGUAAGAAAUCAGUAAAACAAAGACCUAGGAGGAGGAGAAAAGCCUCUGAGAGAUAUGAGCAUGCUGCAGAAGAACAAAUAAGAGGGAGAAAAAAUGACUUUCACCUUCAAAUCUCAAGCCCCAGAUGGAGGGAACUUUACACAGAUUCUUCAGAUUCAUCUUCCACAGAUGAGAGUCAUUGGAUUCAGGCAAAAAGAAGAGCCCAGGUUAAAUUCAGACUGUCAAGAAGAAGGAGGAGAAAUAAUAAUAAUCUGUGUGAAAACUUAGCUGGGUCUUCUGCUCCUAACGGAAUUGAGCUCGUUGAUCUGGGAUCCAAAGGUAAAGAGCAACAAGAGCUGACUGAAUGUGAGAGUUGCUCUUUAAAUCUCCACAGAGGAAAACGUACAAGGUACCAAGAAUGCAGCACUUCUCUGACUCAAGGAUCUUCUGAAAUUAAGAGAUCCUCAAGGAAUCAUGAGAAGAACAAAGAUAGAUAUCACCACAGAGAUCCUCAGCUCUUGCAAAGUCUUAGGAAAAAUGAAAUAAUAAAGAAGAAAUUUUCAGAAACAGAUUCCAGCACUGAAAUACUAGGAGUUCCAGAAGGCAGCAAGGACAUGAAUGAUGCAGGGCUCCAGGUGAAUAACCCUGUUCAGAAGUCUCCUGCCACCUAUGACGAUGGGUGUGAUAAUUUAGAAGUAUGCAGAAUCUGUCACUGCGAAGGGGAUGAAGAGAGCCCCCUCAUCACACCCUGUCGCUGCACUGGGACACUGCGCUUUGUCCACCAGUCCUGCCUCCACCAGUGGAUAAAGAGCUCAGACACACGCUGCUGUGAGCUCUGCAAGUAUGACUUCAUAAUGGAGACCAAGCUCAAACCCCUCCGGAAGUGGGAGAAACUACAGAUGACCACAAGUGAAAGGAGGAAAAUAUUCUGCUCUGUCACCUUCCACGUAAUUGCGAUCACCUGUGUGGUUUGGUCUUUGUAUGUAUUGAUAGACCGGACAGCGGAGGAAAUCAAGCAAGGCAAUGAUAAUGGUGUCCUUGAAUGGCCGUUUUGGACAAAACUGGUUGUGGUAGCCAUUGGCUUCACAGGAGGUCUUGUCUUCAUGUACGUACAGUGUAAAGUCUACGUUCAGUUGUGGCGCAGGCUGAAGGCCUACAACCGUGUGAUCUUUGUACAAAAUUGCCCAGACACUGCCAAAAAACUGGAGAAGAACUUCUCAUGCAAUGUAAACACAGACAUCAAAGAUGCUGUGGUAGUGCCUGUACCACAAACAGGUACAAAUUCACUGCCAUCUGCAGAGGGUGGCCCCCCUGAAGUUGUAUCAGUUUGAUGGAACCUGUUGGGAGUUUCUUCACCGAAGAAUAUCUUUCUAGCCCUCAGCCACUACAAAUGACAGAAGUGAUCUUGAAUUAUUUACUCCCUUCAGCUCCUCCUUUCUCCUACUGACACAUUUUUCCUGACUUUGUUCAAAGAGGAAAGGAGAAAAACACACCAAAUGCCCAGGAGCCCAUGAAGUAACAGCGUAAAGUAUGUAUGGAAAUGUGAAGUUUGCAAGAGAAUGAUUUCUAAGACAAUUAAGAACUACUGGGGCAAUGAAUGCUUUUAGGCAGUAAUCAAAGAUUAAAUGGACCCAUGAUACUCUUCACAGUUAACAGGGGAAAAGUUCAAGAAUACAGACUUGAAUUGCAAUGUGUAUUACUUCUAGGGCCUUGUAAUGUUAACUGUCUCAUCUGGAAAUAACUAACAUAUUUGGUUUUAAGCCUGAAAUUGUCUGCAUUAUCCCUAAGUCAUAUUGGACGUGAACUUGGAGGAUGCAUAUUUUGAUAUGCUUUGACAGCUAACAGAUUUUUAUGGUUUAGUGGAGUCUGGUUAUUUUGACAGAUGCAUGUUUUUUAAAUAGAUGCAAUAUACAUUUGAAGACAUUGAUAUUUGGAAUUAUGUUUAAGUCAUGCAAAAGAUUUUCAGAAAAUGUUCGGAUAUAAUUAGCUCUGUUAAAUACCCACAGAACUCAGUUAUCGGGUCUUAUAUUUUUAUCUGGUUCCUCUAAUACCGUGCUGUCCAAUAGAAACACAACAGCCACAAAUGCAGGCCACAGAUGCAAAUAUUUAACUUCCCAGUAGCCCCAUUUUAAAAAGUAAAAAUAAAUGUUAAAAUGAAUUUUGAUUUUUUAAAAAGUUAACACUAUAUAUGUUAUUUCAACAUGUCAUCAAUAUAAAAAUUGAUUGACAGUUUUUACAUCUGUUUCUUGAACCAAGUUUUCAAAAUCCAGUUGGUAAUUUAAAAGCACACUUCAACUUGAAUUAACUAUAUUGGAUAGCACAGCCGUAAAAUUAGAGACUAAGCUUCUGCUUUAUUUAACAGUUGAAUAUUUCAAAACAGUUUAAUUCAUUAUUUUAUUUCAAAGUCUCACAAAAGUUAUGAUUUUUAAAAGCAUUAAAUUAAAUUAAGUGUCCUCAUUUUAAAGUCAGAUGAAGUUCACAUCUCUAAAGGGUAAAAAUCCAAAAGUAUAGAAAGAUAAAACAAUCUGCCUGUAGCAAAGUUGUGAAAUUAAUUUCUUACUAUGAAGUACUUACAAUAGGGGGAUAAAAUUACCUAUUUUUGUUAUUAAAUCAAAUGUGUAAGGCUUAUUUCAUCCAUGAGGUGUCAACUUGACAGAUGAUGAGUAAUUAUGACUAAGAAUCUAGCCCUUACUUUUAAAAGCUGACAGGAUUUCCCUUGCUCCGUUAGAAAGCAAAAAUAUUCAACAGAUUCUGUGAUAAGUAAUUAAUUGUUCAGGUUUGACAGUUGAUUAUUGUGUUCUUUGCAUAUUCAUGUAAAACUGAUUGAUGAUGUGUGAAUGACAUUGCAGUGAGCUAGAUUAAUGAUGAUUAUAGAUAUAGUAGCCUGUCAAAGACAUCCUACAUUAAAAAAGGUGACUUAUUUUUGUUAGCUGUCAUUAUUUAUUAACAUGAAAAGGCAAUGAUGGCCAUAAGAACCAAAGCAUGAGUAUCACAUUGCACAAAUCUGGGUAUCACAUGGAUGCACUUUGUAAUUAUCUGUGUGCUUGUUCUUCACAGAUCAUAGGAAAAAGGAAAAAAACAAAAAAACCUUUAAAUGAGGAGAAAGAUGGUAUGAAUAUUAGUAGUGGCUGACACUGAGUCCAAAUAGUCUUGAUUACUAGAAAUAAACAAAAGGUAAACAAUGUC